GGUGCGCAAGCGACUUUUGUCCGAAAGCUUUUUUAACGAUCUCUUUCCCCCUACCCCCCCCCCUAUCUCCUCACUUCCCUCGAUACGUAUACAUACACACGCAUACGUUGUGUAGACGCGAACUGUGGAGUUGCGUUUCAUGCGGGGGUGUUUUGUAUUAUUUUUUUUCUUGUGUUUUUUGAGAAAUCCAUCGAUACAAUUGCAAAUCAUCGUUUGAUACAUGCGUCGCUGCGGUACAAGCUGAUGUGUGUGCCGAUCGAUCUCCAUACCGAUCGUUGGCUCAAAGUGUAUUUUUUCGUGUGCUCCGGUUCGAUGAUGUGCCUCAUAUGUGUCGUGUGAGUUUGUAAUAUUGCAGUACACAGCCGUCCGGUUUAUUGGGAUCGACAAGGCAUUGUGUUGUGCAAGGAGCUCGAGUUUGUUCCGCGGCGGAGAGGAGAUCGAGUAAAAGGGAAAAGGCGGCCGUUGGCCUCUGCUCAGCCGACCGAGCGUCCAAGAAAAAUCGUUUCGUGCGCUCGUGGGAGUAAAAAAAAAAAAAAGGUGCGCGUGCGAUUUCUUGGAAAACACCCCCUUCGUCGUCGUGCAAGUGGUUUAAAUGACGUUGAUCGGCCGUGGUGCAUCAGGAGAGCCCGAGGCGCCUCGUUGCGAUAUAACGGCGCCCAGCUCGAGAUGAGACGAUGACCCGCUGAACGAGUGGUCCAAGUGUCGGUUUUUUUCCUUUGCUGGUUUUUUGUUUCUUUUUUGUUUGACACGGAUACGUGCAAGGAUCAAGUGCGCGGGAACAGAGUUUUUUUUUUUUUGGUUGUUCGUUCGAAACAAGUACGAGGAAUAAGUGCGCGGAUGAAUUGCAUGUGUGCCACGGGCAGAUCCGAGGAGAGCGAAAUCUAACGACCCGCAGGUGAAGAAGAAAAAAAAAAAAAAAAAAAAGGAGCAUGGGAUUCAGGAUGGAUGCAGCGAUGCGCGCUGCCGCGCUCGUCGUUCUCUGCCUCGGAGUGAGCCAAGCUCUGGGAGUCGGGGUCGAAGAAACGCAGAUAGACACCCACGAGGGCUCGACGGUCAAGCUGCAAUGCCGAUUCGGCGCCCCACGGGUCAACGCGACCUACUACUGGCUGACCCACACGAACGACCGGCACGACAGCGCCGCGGUCGAGCAAACGCCCCUGGCGCCCUACUACACCGUGUACAUGAAACCCGAGGAGGGCAGGUACGACCUCGAGAUCCGCAACGUGUCGUACGAGCGGGACAACGGCAAGUACGAGUGCAGGGUGAAGGUGAGCGGCACCGGGGAGAACAUCUACCACAAGAACGUGACGCUGACGGUCCUGCGCGCCCCGAGUCCGCCUUACAUAUCCUCGGACUCGCCCAGCGCCAAGGAGGGCGAGCGCAUGAAGCUCCAGUGCAACACCCAAGGCGGCAGCCCCGAGCCCGAGGUCAAGUGGUACCGCGGCAACUCCAACUCAGUCAUCCACACGGGCAAGACCUACGAGUUCACCCCGACCAAGGACGACGACCGGCAGACCUUGCGCUGCGUCGUGCGCAACCGGGCCAUGAAAGCCGGGGAGACCCUCUCGGACAGGCUGACCCUCGACGUGAGCUACUCCCCUAGAGUGUCCAUCGGCUCGGAGAACCCACUGAGGGUCGAGCUCAACUCGCAGGCGGUCCUCAAGUGCAACGUCGACUCCAAGCCCGAGGUCGGCAAGGUCAAGUGGAUCAAGGACGAGCGGUUCGUCGCCAUGACCUUUAACCACGAGAUACAGACGGUCACGCUGCAGGACGCGGGCAAGUACACCUGCCAGGCAGACAACGGGCUGAGCAAGAAGGGCGAGAGUUUCCUCUUCCUCGACGUCCAGUACGCCCCCACCGUGUCCAUAGAGGGCGAGCGCGUGAGAACCGCCGAGGUCGAGGAUCCCUUCACCGCCCACUGCAACGUCUCCUCGAACCCGCCGCCCACGACCAUCGAGUGGCUGCGCGAAGGUCGACCCGAGUUCCGCAUCGAUGGGCCGAUAUUGCGCAUGAACCGGGUGACGGCCGAGCACGUGGGCAACUACACGUGUCGGGCGACCAACACGAUCCACCCGUCCGGUGGUGAGCGUAAGAAUUAUUCGGCGAGCGCGCGCGUCGAGCUUCGGGUCCGUCACAAGCCCGGCCCGGCUCGUAUAACCCCGGACUCGCCGAUCGCCACCGAGGGUAACAAGGUCAUCCUGACGUGCGUCGCCAACCCGCCCGGAUACCCGGAGCCCCAGUUCCGCUGGUCCCACCAGGUCGACGCCGGCAUCAAGCCCAGCGAGCUCUCCGGCUCCAAGUACGAGAUCAACUCGGUCCAUCUGGCGGACGAGGGCACCUACAAGUGCCACGCCUUCAACGAGAUCGGCAACGGGGAGUCCGCCUCCGUCAACCUCACCGUGCACAAACCACCCAACAUACUCACCAAGCUCCAGCCCCACCUCACCAGAAAGGUUGGUGAGUCCUCGUUCCAAGUGUCGUGCGUAGCUCAGGGCAAGCCCCGGCCCUCGGUUCGCUGGCUCAAGGACGACACCGAGCUGACGAGCGAUCAGAGUUUGUACAAGGUGACGACGACUCCCCUGGAAGGCCACGGGCGCGUCGUCACGGUCAACUCGACCCUGAGUUUUCUGGGCAACGCUCGGCCCGAGACCGACAAGAUAGUGGCCAACGACCGGGGCAAGUACACCUGCGUCUUCGACAACGAGGUGAAGAACGCCGUCGAGUCGCAGAUGAUGCUCAAAGUCGAGCACUCGCCCAUCAACCUGAACCUCUACGACAAGGUGGCCAACAACCUCCACGAGACCGCCAACGUGACGUGCAAGGUCCAAGCAUGGCCCAAGCCCGAGUUCCAGUGGAGCUUCGGGACCAACCUGGCGCCUCUGCAGGGCUCCUCGAGCGACGGCCACUACGAGAUAUCGACCACCAGCAACAACGAUUACGACCUUUACACCUCCGUCCUCAAGAUAACCAACAUCCGCGAGACGGAUUACGGGGACUACAGUUGUCGCGCUAUCAACAUCCACGGGAGUAUCGUCUCGUCGAUAAAGUUGCAGCCAAAGGGCGCCCCCGAGCGGCCCAACAACGUCAGGCCCAUGGACGUCGGGCCGACCCACGUGGCCCUCGUUUGGGACCUCGGCUUCGACGGCGGUCUACCCAUCACCAAGUACUUUGUCUCCUACAGGCGGGUGGCCAGCGGUGACGAGGUCGUAGCAGCCGGCUGCGCCCCGCCCCGCGGACCGGCCGGCCAGUGGUCGGAGAUCGACUGUCGCAGGUCCAACCCCUGCAACGUCUCCGACCUCGAGCAGCACCAGACCUACACUUUCAAGGUGAAAGUGUACAACACGAACAACCACUCGGACUACUCGGACGAGGUGAUGGCGACAACGGCGGUGGCCAGGAUCCCGUCGCCCCAGCGCGUGAGCUUCGACCCGGAGAGCGGCAUGCUGGCCGUGAACGUGGACGCGACUUGCCUCGGGCUCGUGGCCUCGAUCGAAAAAUCGGACUCUGGGUCGGACAACACUUGGCGCAUCGUCGACGACUGGGGCCUCGAGGUACGCGGUAGUGGGCCGACUCUGCGCGAGGACAGGCUCAGGGAUCCAGCGGCGACCAGCGCCGAUCCGAGGAUACGCGUCAGGCUGUGUCUGAAGGCCGACAGGCAGCGGUGCGGCGAGUACACCGAGGCUGAGAUCGGUCCUUCGUACGUAGCUCAAGCCGGUGCGUUCGCCAGCCCGACGACGAUAGCCUUCCUGGUGAGCGGCUCGGUGUCCGUCCUCUUCGGGGCGCUGUUCUUCCUGUUCUGCCGUUGCCGCAAGCGCACCACCAAAGCCAAAGACUACGAGAUGGACUCCAACGCUGUCCGACCGAGCCUGGUAACGGCGAACGGCCAGCAGACCCAGGCGCCGCCGCCCUACUACGCCGAGAACAAGGCCCUGGAGCACAGUCUGGAUCACGCUCUGGCCCUCGAGGACUCGAAGACGCCGGCCUACGGGCAAUCGGGUUACGGCUACCACCAGCCGAACCACAACAUGAACGGUGAGAACAAUGGCGUGAACAUGGGCUACAUGGAGAACAGCUACUCGAACUCGAACAACGGCGGAUCGGUGAACUCGCAGGACUCGAUUUGGCAGAUGAAGUCGGCGGCUGUGGCCAACGGCGUGGGCGUCAACGGGCCCAACGUCGGUAUGAUCGGCACCCCGUACGACAUGGGCGGGUACGGCACCACCGAGUCCGACUACCCGACCCAUCCGCACUACCUGCCGCAGCGCGACGACUACAGGGAGAGCCACAACUUGAGCAGGCAGCAGUUCUGCGAGCCCUUCGCCCCCGUCGUCAAGACGCAAAAGCACGUCGAUUCGCCGUACGACGUGUCGGGUCUCCCGUACCAAGAAAACUACGACGAGGACGCGAAGCCACCGCAACAGGUGAGCCUAGCGUACGACGAGUCGCUGGAGUCUGGCUACUCGACCCCCAACAGCCGGGGUCGGCGCAUCAUCCGCGAGAUAAUUGUCUGAGACCAGCCCACCGGCUCGCGAGCCGGAAAAUCGCGCACCACGUGGCUCUAGCAGCAGGCCCCCCACUACCACCAGCAGCAGCAAC